AUGGCAGUUCAGCUUGCCCCGCCGUCCUCGGCCCGUCUCGUCGAGGACAACGGCCUCGUUUGCCUCGAGCUCCAGGAUGGCUCAACCUACCAGGGCUACAGCUUCGGUGCCCAGAAGAGCAUCGCUGGAGAGCUGGUCUUCCAGACGGGCAUGGUCGGAUACACAGAGUCGAUUACUGAUCCCUCCUACGAGGGUCAGAUUCUCGUCAUCACGUUCCCCUUAGUGGGCAAUUACGGUGUUCCCUCUAGGGAGAUGUUUGACUCGCUGUUGGGCGACCUGCCAGCUCACUUCGAGUCCUCCCGGAUCCACAUUGCUGGUCUGGUCACAGCCUCGUAUUGCGGCGAAGACUACUCUCAUUUCCUUGCCGCUUCGUCGCUGGGCACAUGGCUCAAGGAGCAGGGCAUCCCCGCCAUGUACGGCGUCGACACCCGAGCACUCACAAAGAAGCUCCGAGAACAAGGUAGCAUGCUUGGCAAGAUGCGCCUUGCGAAGCAGAGCUUGACCAACGGUGCUGAGAAUGGCCUUGUUCAUGCUCACACCUCUCUCGAUAGCUUCGAGACGGUGGAGUGGAGCAACCCCAACGAGAAGAAUCUUGUCGCUCAAGUUUCCGUCAAGGAGCCGAAGCUAUACAAGCCCUCGCCGUCCAUUGCUCGCAAGCACCCCUCCGGCCGAACCCUUCGGGUCUUGUGUGUCGAUGUGGGUAUGAAGUACAACCAGCUCAGAUGCUUCCUCAAGCGCGGUGUUGAGGUCCUCGUGGUCCCCUGGGACCACGACAUCGUCAAGGAGGCCGGCGACCAGUACGAUGGUCUCUUCAUCUCCAACGGUCCCGGUGACCCUUCCGUUGUCGACGCCACCGCCAAGAACAUCGCGACCGCGAUGGAGAAGAACAAGACCCCAGUGUUUGGUAUUUGCUUGGGACACCAGCUCCUCGGCAGAGCUGCCGGAGCCAAGACGAAGAAGAUGAAGUUCGGAAAUCGAGGCCACAACAUCCCCUGCACGAGUAUGGUGACCGGAAAGUGCCACAUCACCUCACAAAAUCACGGGUUCGAGCUGGAUGCUUCCAGCCUUCCCCAGGGCUGGGAGGAGCUCUUCGUCAACGCCAAUGAUGGCAGCAAUGAAGGAAUUCGGCACACCGACAAGCCCUACUUCAGUGUGCAAUUCCACCCCGAGAGCACACCCGGUCCCAGGGACACCGAAUUCCUCUUCGACGUGUUCAUCAACACCGUCUCUGAUUGCGCCGAGGACCCUACGCUCCUCCAGAAGCCAGUUAGCUUCCCCGGUGGCACCAUUGAGGAGAACGAGCGCCUCCACCCCCGUGUCUCGGUCAAGAAGGUCCUUGUCCUGGGCAGUGGUGGCCUGAGCAUCGGCCAGGCCGGCGAGUUCGAUUACUCCGGUAGUCAGGCCAUCAAGGCUCUGAAGGAGGAAGGCAUCUACACGGUGCUCAUCAACCCCAACAUUGCCACCAUUCAGACCUCCAAGGGUCUCGCCGACAAGGUGUACUUCCUCCCUGUCAACGCCGAAUUCGUCCGCAAGGUCAUCAAGUACGAGCGCCCCGACGCCAUCUAUGUUACCUUUGGUGGUCAGACCGCUCUCCAGGUCGGUAUCCAGCUCAAGGAUGAGUUUGAGGAGCUCGGUGUCAAGGUUCUCGGUACCCCCAUUGACACCAUCAUCACGACCGAGGAUCGUGAGCUCUUUGCCCGAAGCAUGGAGACCAUUGGCGAGAAGUGUGCCAAGUCCGCCUCCGCCAACAACAUCACAGAAGCCAUGGAAUGCGUCAAGGAUAUUGGUUUCCCUGUGAUUGUCCGUGCCGCCUAUGCUCUUGGUGGUCUGGGCAGUGGUUUCGCCAACAACCCUGACGAACUAAGGGCCCUCUGCGACAAGGCAUUCGCCGCAAGUCCCCAGGUCCUGAUUGAGCGAAGUAUGAAGGGCUGGAAGGAAAUCGAGUACGAAGUCGUCCGUGACGCCCAGGACAACUGCAUCACAGUCUGUAACAUGGAAAACUUUGACCCCUUGGGUAUUCACACCGGUGACUCCAUUGUCGUCGCCCCCUCCCAGACUCUGUCUGAUGAGGACUACAACAUGCUCCGCACUACAGCAGUCAAUGUCAUCCGGCAUCUGGGCGUCGUCGGUGAGUGCAACAUUCAGUAUGCACUGAACCCCUUCUCGAGGGAGUACUGCAUUAUCGAGGUCAACGCCCGUCUCUCGCGGUCUUCUGCCCUUGCCUCCAAGGCUACCGGGUACCCUCUGGCGUUCAUCGCCGCCAAGCUUGGUCUCGGUAUCCCUCUGAAGGAGAUCAAGAACGCCGUCACCAAGCAGACCUGCGCCUGCUUCGAGCCUUCUCUCGACUACGUCGUUGUCAAGAUGCCCAGGUGGGAUCUCAAGAAGUUCACCCGUGUGUCGACCCAGCUCGGCUCUUCCAUGAAGAGUGUCGGUGAGGUCAUGAGCAUCGGUCGAUCUUUCGAGGAAGCCAUCCAGAAGGCGAUCCGGUCUAUCGACUUCCACAACAUCGGGUUCGGCGCGACCCCGGCCCUGAUGAAGCUCGACGACGAGCUGCAGACUCCUUCUGACCAGCGUCUCUUUGCCAUUGCAAACGCCAUGCACGAGGGAUACAGCGUCGACAAGAUCUGGGAGAUGACCAAGAUCGACAAGUGGUUCCUCCGCAAGCUCAAGGGCCUGAGCGACUUUGCCAAGGACAUGUCAAACUACAGCACCACCGACAUCACUGGCUCCCCCCACCUUCUAUUGCAGGCCAAGAGACUUGGUUUCAGCGACCGACAGCUGGCCAACUUCUGGAGCUCCAAUGAGAUUGCAGUCCGAAGGCUCAGGCAAGAGGCGGGUAUCCACCCCUUUGUCAAGCAGAUUGAUACCGUCGCUGCCGAGUUCCCUGCCUACACCAACUACCUCUACCUUACAUACAAUGCGUCCGAGCAUGACCUUGACUUCGAUGAUCACGGAGUGGUGGUUCUUGGCUCCGGAGUGUAUAGGAUUGGUUCCUCCGUCGAGUUCGAUUGGUGCUCUGUCAGAGCUAUCCGGACUCUUCGCGAGUUAGGCUACAAGACUGUUAUGAUUAACAGCAAUCCGGAGACUGUCUCAUCUGAUUACGAUGAAUCUGACCGUCUUUAUUUUGAGACAAUUGACUUGGAGACUUCUUUGGAUAUAUACGAACAAGAGGGCGCAAGAGGUAUCCUAGGAGCCAUGUCUGGCCAAUUGCCCAACAACAUUGCACUCCCUCUGCACCGUGCCGGCGCCAAGGUGCUGGGAACAUCCCCAGAGAUGAUUGACAGUGCGGAGAACAGAUACAAGUUCUCCCGAAUGCUGGACCGCAUUGAGGUGGACCAGCCGACGUGGAAAGAACUUACCAGCUUCGAGGAGGCCAAGAGCUUCUGCCAAAAGGUCACAUACCCUGUUCUUGUGCGUCCCUCCUACGUUCUUUCAGGUGCGGCCAUGAACACGGUGUACUCUGAAAAAGAUCUUGAAGCCUACCUCGCGCAAGCUGCGGAAGUAAGUCGAGAUCAUCCUGUGGUCAUCACCAAGUACAUCGAGAACGCCAAGGAGAUUGAAAUGGAUGCCGUGGCCAAGGACGGAGAGGUCAUCGGUCACUUUAUCUCUGAGCAUGUUGAGAACGCCGGUGUCCACUCCGGUGACGCUACCCUCAUCCUCCCACCCCAGGAUCUUGAGCGCACCACGAUCAAGAGAAUUGAGGAGGCAACUCGCAAGAUUGGUGCCGCCCUCAACGUCACGGGGCCCUAUAAUAUCCAGUUGCAAGUCAGCCCCCGAAACCUCUUUGGCCACAAGAGAUGUUCUUGGAUGCUAACAACGACAAAUAGUAUUGCGAAAGAUGAUCAAAUAAAAGUGAUAGAAUGUAAUGUCAGGGCUAGUAGAUCUUUCCCCUUCGUUAGCAAAGUCAUGGGAGUUGAUCUUAUCGAACUGGCCACGAAGGCUAUCAUGAACGAGCCCUUCAAGGCCUACCCUCCCAGCGACCUGCCUGCCAACUGCGUCGGUGUUAAGGUGCCACAGUUCAGUUUCUCUCGCCUGUCGGGUGCCGAUCCUGUUCUCGGUGUGGAGAUGGCCUCCACCGGAGAGGUCGCUUCCUUUGGUGUUGACAAAUAUGAAGCCUAUCUCAAGGCCCUGUUGUCCACCGGCUUCAAAAUCCCCAAGGCCAACAUCCUCUUGUCCAUUGGUUCCUACAAGGACAAGAGGGAGAUGCUCCCCUCAGUCGAGAAGCUCCAGAAGAUCGGAUACAAGCUGUUCGCGACUGCUGGUACCGCCGAUUUCCUGCAGGAACACGGCAUCCCAGUUCAGUAUCUGGAAGUCCUUGGAAGCGACGAGGACCGAGAAUCCGAGUUCUCGCUCACCCAGCACUUGUCGAAGAACACCAUUGACUUGUACAUCAACCUGCCGUCGAACAACAAGUACCGUCGCCCAGCCAAUUACAUGAGCAAGGGUUACCAGACUCGACGAAUGGCUGUUGACUACCAGAUUCCUCUGGUGACCAACGUCAAGAAUGCCAAGAUCUUGGUCGAGGCCAUUGCUCGCCACUUUGACCUUAACAUCUCCAAGCUUGAUUACCAGACGAGCCACCGCACUGUUAUCCUCCCUGGUCUGAUCAACAUUGCUGCCUUUGUUCCCGGUAUCGUCACGCCUGGCAGCCAGGAUAUGGAGGCAGUUACCAAGGCAUCCAUUGCCUCGGGUUUCUCCAUGAUUCGGGUCAUGCCUCUUGGCGUCGAGGGCUCCAUCACUGAUGCCCUCACCCUCAAGCUUGCGCAGCAGAAUAGCCAGAAGGACAACUUUUGCGACUUCAACCUGUCAGUCUCGGCUACGUCUGAUAACGAUGGGCAGAUCAGCACAGUCAUUGGCGAGGUUGGAUCUCUUUUCAUCCCGUUCAACCAUUUGUCGGGUAAUAUGAGCACAGUCGCUGCCGUCACGGCUCACUUUGACAAUUGGCCUUCAUACAAGCCCAUUGUGACCGACGCCAAGCUGACCGAUCUUGCAUCUAUCCUCCUCCUCGCCAGUCUUCACAGCCGCCGCAUUCACGUCACAUCUGUCACUACCAAGGAUGAUAUCCGACUGAUUGCUCUCAGCAAGGAGAAGGGCUUGCAAGUUACUUGCGAUGUGUCCAUCUACUCUCUAUACCUAUCACAAAACGACUUCCCUGGAUGUGAUCGCCUCCCAACUGCCGAGGAUCAGGCAGCGCUCUGGGAGCACAUGAGCACCAUUGAUGUCUUCUCCAUUGGCAGCCUGCCAUACCACCUCGCCAGGGUGAAGGGACACAAGGCCAACCCCUCCAUGGGCAUUUCAGAGGCCCUCCCUCUCCUCUUGACAUCAGUCACGGAGGGCAAGCUCACCAUUGACGAUAUCAAGCUGCGCCUGUACGAGAAUCCCAAGGAGAUCUUUGAGUUGCACGAGCAAGUCAACACCAGCAUCGAGGUCGAGGUUGAUCGAUCCUACGAGGUUCCUCAGGGCUCUAUCUGGUCUCCCUUCGCCGGGCGCAAGAUGAGCGGAUCUGUAAAGAGAGUCACGUUCCAAAACACCACGGUGUGCCUGGAUGGUGAGCUGCUGCCAGUUCCCCCUCAGGGCAAGGACAUGUCCUCCCCCCUGCUGCCACCCACAUCUCCCCCAUCUAAGCCUACCGUUCCCUCAAUCGGUCAGGUCGCGGAGAGCCCAUACUCGAAGACCCGGCGAGAGUCCAUCCUCGCCCCUGUGCAGCCCCUUACCAAGCUGCGCGGCCUUGAGGGCAGUGCACUUUCCCCCUCGCAGCUUGAAAAGGUCAGUGGGGCACUGGAGGAGUCUCUGCUACCCCUCCAAUUGCAGUCCUCUACCCGCUCUUCUGUCCAGCACCUGCUGUCGCGAUCUUCUUCGUUUAAGAAUACGCACGUGCUCUCUGUUAAGCAAUACAGCCGAUCAGAUCUGCAUUUGCUCUUCACCGUUGCUCAGGAGAUGCGCCUCGGUGUUCAGCGGGAGGGAGUCCUCGACAUCCUGAAGGGACGUCUCCUGUGCACCCUCUUCUAUGAGCCUUCGACCAGAACCUCUGCCUCGUUCGAUGCCGCCAUGCAGCGCCUGGGAGGCCGCACAGUCCCCAUUGCCACCUCGCAAUCCUCAGUGCAGAAGGGAGAGACUCUCCAGGAUACUCUCCGCACCCUGGCUUGCUACGGUGACGCCGUGGUCCUGCGCCAUCCCUCGGAGCAUUCCGUCGACAUCGCACAGAAGUUCAGCCCCGUCCCCGUCAUCAACGGAGGAAACGGAAGCAAAGAGCACCCGACCCAGGCCUUCCUCGACCUGUUCACGAUCCGUGAGGAGUUUGGUACCGUCAACGGGCUGACCAUCACCUUCAUUGGAGACCUCCUCUACGGACGCCCCGUCCACUCGCUCGUGUACCUGCUCCGCCACUACGAGGUUCAGGUGCAGCUCGUGGCGCCCAAGGGCCUGGCCCUCCCCGCCGCCGUCAGGGAGCAGCUCGUCAAAUCCGGCCAGCUGCUGGUCGAGUCCGAGACCCUGACCCCCGAGAUCCUCGCCCGCAGCGAUGUCCUCUACUGCACCCGCGUGCAAAAGGAGCGGUUCCCCAGCGCGGAGGAGUACGAGGCCGUCAAGAACUCGUACCGCGUCGACAACGCCGCGCUCAAGCACGCCAAGAGCUCCAUGGUGGUCCUCCACCCCUUGCCUAGGAACGAGGAGGUGGCCGAGGAGGUGGACUUUGACCAACGGGCAGCCUACUUCAGACAGAUGCGCUACGGUCUCUACUGCCGAAUGGCCCUACUGGCACUUGUCAUGCACGGAUAG